GCACAGAUGGCUGGGAAUAGGCCGGGGAUUGAGCUAUUCUGUCGUUCAUUGCAAGUGCCCGAGUUUAAUUUAAUAGGUAUAUGUUAGUAUAAAUAAGUGGGAUACUGUUAUAACUAUCACGCUAGAUAGGUAUAGGAAAUAAAAAAGAGAGAAACAUUAGUGGAGCCGUAUGGGCAUACGACACUUGUAAGUUAUCAAUGCGGAGUUAAAACCAAUCGUGGCUCGUUCGGAUACACUGCUUCGGGACUUCAACAGUGUUAUGUGAUCGACGUGGCUUUAUAAUCGUGUAACUCAAGGAUUAUAUUGUAUCAUCAAUUUAUCAUCUUUAACAAAUGAUACUAGCAGACUGACAUCCCGCCAAAAAAUAGAAAAAAUUAUUAAACUUAAGUAGCAAAUAUUCAAUUGUCGAGUAAGCGUGGCAAUGGUGAGAAGGAGGGUAGGUCGAAAGUCCAGUGGAGCUGGUAAUACAGCUGAGGAUCCAGACAGUACUGGACACGAAACGAGUGCGAAAUUUAAUUCCACCGAGCUUGGACGAAUGACAAGGGAUCGUCUUAGAAUCUUACUGAGGGAACGUGGUCUACCUGUCUCUGGGAACAAAUCUGACAUGAUAACUCGAUUAGAAGAGAAUAUGGAGGGCAAAACAAUUCGUCGAGGGAAGGAGUUGAGUAAUUCCAAUGGUACCCAGAAAUUGCCGACCGACGAGGGAUCAACAGGGUCAAAAAACAGAACGAAAAGUGAAACCGACUCGAUAGAUCCAGACAGCUUAACCCUCUGGCAUCGUCCAAUCACGACUUUAAAUUAUUUUAUCAGAGAACUGUUCAUUAACAUUGUCAGUUUAGCACAUAGAAUGUUGCAGUAUAAGAAGACUGUUUGGAGUGGAUUACUUGUUAUAGCUGUGUUAGUUGUCUUCAGGCAUGUGGCAGGGCCUCAUCAGGAGCUGCUGAAGGAGUGGGAAAAUAGUCUUCUUUGGUGGCUUUAUUGGGUGGGUCUGGGAGUGUUAUCGAGUGUGGGAUUUGGCACUGGUUUGCACACUUUUGUGCUUUAUCUGGGGCCACAUAUAGCAGCUGUUACGAUAGCAGCUUAUGAGUGUGGGGGACUGAACUUCCCGGAGCCACCGUAUCCUGAUGCUAUUGUCUGUCCGGAUCAGAUUGAUCCCGCUUGGACAGCUGGAAUUCUUAAUAUUAUGAGGAAAGUCAGGGUUGAAGCCAUGCUUUGGGGUGCGGGGACUGCUCUUGGGGAGCUGCCACCUUAUUUCAUGGCUCGGGCAGCCAGGAACAGUCGACAAACUGAUAAGAGUCACGAGUAUGAUCAGGAGGAUCUUAAAGAGCUUGAGGCACUCGAGGCGUUGGAGAAUGGAGCCAAUGUUCCUAUUCUCAUGAAGCUGAAGCUUGCCAUGAAGCACUUUGUGCAAAAGGCUGGGUUCCUGGGAAUCCUUGCGUGUGCCUCGAUUCCAAAUCCACUUUUUGACCUCGCUGGGUUGACUUGUGGUCAUUAUCGCAUUCCAUUCUGGACUUUCUUUGGUGCUACACUUAUUGGUAAAGCCAUUGUUAAAAUGCAUAUUCAACAGCUAGCUGUGAUAAUAGCAUUCAAUGAAGAAUUGUUGGAUAAGGCUAUUGGACUUUUGGCUGUGAUUCCUUACGUGGGUACCAAGUUCCAGGAGCCAUUUAAAAAAUAUUUAGUUGAGCAGAAGAAUAAAUUGCAUAAUUCAUCCUCCGUGGAGGGAACAACGACGAUAGCGUGGCUGUUUGAAAAAUUUGUGAUGCUGAUGUUAUGUUACUUCCUCAUAACAAUAAUCCACGCCUUGGCACGUAAUCAUCACCGCAGACGUACAAAGCCAUCAGCGGAUUGAGAUUUAGGAAAAUUUUAUUCAAACGCUAACGCGAUAUGUUGAAGUCCAAAACAAUUAUGUAUAAUUUACACAACACAAAGUUUUACUCGCACCGGCGUUUCCUACAGUUAUUAUUGAAUAAUGAAGUUUGAAUUUUCACUCAGUCCAUCAGAGAUAAGCUUAUCUUAAGUCUACGAAUAAUUGAUUGUAAAUAUGUACAAUGAAUUCACAACGUCGGGUAUAGAUAUUGCUUGUUCAAUUAUAUGUUUUUUUUCACUUUUUGAUUCAAUCGUUUUUGAUUGAAAUUACAACACUUCUAGGUUGCAGAAAUUAGGUAAAAUAAUUGAAUUGUAUGGAAUCAUUUGCUGCUCUGGAGUGAAUAUUAUUCUUUCCAUAAUCUUAUAAAUCAUGUUGCCGGAUCCUCGAAUUUAUUGCUCAAACGAAUUUUUACCAGCAUAUAGUUCAAAGUAUAAUCAAGUUUUCAUAAUUUUGUGCAUGAAGUCGUCAGAGAUCCACGGGGCCAAUGAAAUUGAAUCAAUUUUUUCACACAGUUAAAAAUUGUUGCAUUGAUAAGUACAUAGAAUUGAACAUAAAAUCAAAUGAAAUUAAUUUGUCAAGUUCAAAAGUUGAUUAUAAAUAUGUCCCAAUUGUGAAUUUCUUCGAAUUAAUAUUUAGGAAUUGAUAACAAAUCAAUUGAUAUGACAUUUUUUAACAGUGUAUUUUCCACAUUUGUUUUCACGUGUCUACGAUAAAUGCAACGAUUAAAGUGAGAAUUGCUGAGAGAAUGUGUCCACAUUGUUGAUGAAUAUUUGAUAAAUAAAGUAACAGCAGUAUUUGGUGGCAGACAUUCCUGAUGUGAAGUUUUCGAACGAAAAAAAAAUAGGAUAAAAAGACAAAAGCCAGGCCCACUGGACGCUGCGAUAGCGAUAAGCAAUAAAGAAUUAAAAAACCCUCAAUGGUCACAAAAUAGGAAGAAACUCAUUGAACGUUUUUCAUCCCUUUCUGGCCAAUUUGAUUGAAUAUUUUGAUACUGUGAGUAGCUAGGAUUUUUUGAAGGAAAUUAAUAAAUGGAGUCAUGUUUCUAGGUUGAAUACUGUUAUUUAGAAUAAAACAUUAUUGCGAAUAAGA